AUGGAGCCUAUGAGGGGCGUCUCUGGUGGUAUGGGCAAGCAGCCAGCUCAACAAGAAAGCCCUGAACAGCUUCUCGACGUCUUCAAGGCAGCUGCUCUCUCGGUGACCAAGCUCUACAAGAUCUCUGCUGCCGGACAGUCAAAGGCACGAGCCGAUGGAUAUCAGGAUUGUCUCGAUGAUCUUUUGCAGUUCUUGGACAAGGAGGGAUUGGGCCUCGGCGAUGGAGAAGGAUGGAAGAUUCGUAAAUGGGCGACCGAAAGGCUCGACGGCCGUGAGAGCAGCUCUCUGAACACGGAGAGUGAGGAUGAAGCGGAGAAGACGGAGACGGCUUCAUCGCCUGAACUGAGCCGUCAAAGUGUUCCUCCUCAGCAGCCAAGCCAAAUGCGAACCGACUCUGCACCCCCGAGCAUUCCUCCUGUCCACGAAGAGCCAACGCCGAUUGUUGUCCCCACUCAGGACAACUUCAACUUCCAGUCAUCGCAUCCUUACCCCAACAUCGCCACUCUCGACCUGUCGGACUCGAGGUCCCAUGAUGACACACCUACUCUUACACGACCAUCGAAAUCCAGACUCACCGGCGGCUCAAGCCGGGCUUGUCCCAGGGGUCCAGGACAUUUGGUACAAAGAGCAGGGUCUAAGCGCAAGCUGAACUUUGAUGAAAUCUUUGAUCUCGGCAGUCUCAGUGGAAAGGAUACAUUUGGUAAUGGGGGCAAGCGUAGCCGACAUGCUUGA